AUGCCUCAUCAUGCAGUUUUUAGACAAGAUAAGCCUGGAAAAAUCAGGGUAGUAUUCAAUGCUUCCCAAAAGGAUAUUCUGAUUCAUCCUGAUGAUGCAGACUGGCAGCGCCUUGUGUGGCGACCCUCAGUUGCGCAGCCUUUGCAGGAUUAUAGAGCGCUUACCGUCACCUACGGCACGGCUCCAGCACCUUAUUUGGCUCUUCGAGUACUCAAACAGCUGGCUCAGGACGGCCGUACGACGCAUCCAGAGGCAUCCAAGCUUCUGGACCAUCAAAUCUACGUGGACGACAUAUUCGGAGGCGCGAACGAGGUCGACUUAGCUAUCGAACGACGUGAUCAGCUGAUCCAGCUUAUGGCAUCAGCAGGGAUGGAGUUGGGUAAAUGGUCAGCAAAUAAUCAAAGUCUUCUUGAUGGAAUUGUAGCUGGCAACAUUGAUGAGGUCUCCGUCGACGUGGAUGAGGCGGUAUCAACGCUAGGUCUCAAGUGGCUUCCUCAAGCAGAUAAUUUUAUUUUUAAACCUACAGUAGCACCCUCUCCAUCGAUCAUAACAAAGAGAAUUAUUCUCUCUGAAACUGCUAAAUUAUUUGAUCCAUUAGAUCUCUUGCAGCAGUGGAUGAAGUUCCGUAACUCUCUGACACAAUUAGACGUCAUUAAAGUGCCCAGAUGGAUAGGUUGUUCUGAAACAUUUUCUUGGCAGCUUCACGGUUUUGCUGACGCUUCAAAGCGUGCCUACACUGCAGCAGUCUACGCUGUAGUUCCUGGUCAAUCUUCGGUUCUUCUUAUGGCCAAAACAAAGGUCGCCCCAACAAAAAUGGAGACUCUUCCUCGGUUGGAGCUCUGUGGAGCACUGUUGCUUGUUUGCCUAACUAAGCACCUGCUACCUAAGCUGCAUCGACAACCACAGUACAUUCACUUCUGGUCCGACUCCAAAGUCGUGCUGAAUUUGCUAAAAGGUCAUCCAUCAAGAUGGCAAACCUUCAUCGCCAAUCGAGUAAGCGAAAUUACAUCUUUGUAUCCACAAGCUGAGUGGCGACAUGUAAUGUCCUCGUACAAUGCUGCCGACUGCGCAACUCGAGGACUUACACCUCAGCAACUCUCCGAACAUAGCCUGUGGUGGUCAGGACCCAUAUGGAUGACGUUACCACAAUCGACAUGGCCUUCAACAACAGAUGAUGACCACGCCGAUCAACAGAACAUUCAAGCAUUGGUAAUGCAGGAGGCAGCUUUACAAAAGCAUGUCGACGACGACUGUCUGAUAUAUCUGCAAUGCUUCUCUAGUUUUGCUAAGAUAUGCCGUAUCCUCGCCUAUUGCGCGCGAUGGAUACUCAACGCUCGUCAGGUAACUGACAAACGUCAAUAUACUUACCUAUCAGCUCAAGAGCUUUCUUGGGCUUCUGCCGCUUGUUUUAGAGCACUACAACGUCGACAUUUUUCCAUCGAAUUGGAGCAGCUACAGGCCAACAAACCACUUUCUAAGCAAAGCAAUUUGGUACGAUUGGCACCCUACUUAGACGAGAUUGGCCUCAUUAGAGUUGGCGGCCGUUUAGAAAAUGCUCCACUUCCAUACAUCAGAGCUGUCCACAUCGAAAUCGUGUCUGAUCUUACGACCGACGCAUUCAUGGCUGCGUAUGAUUGCUUCACAGCUCGACGAAGAGUCUGCGACACGAUGUACUCAGACAACGCAACAACGUUUAAAAGGGCAUCGGGGGAGCUUGCCCGCAUGUUUUCUGAGACCUCUGAGUUUAACAAAAUGGUUGCUGGUCAACUUGCAACUAGAGGCACAACAUGGAAGUUUAUUCCACCACGAGCGCCCCACUUUGGCGGCCUAUGGGAGGCUGCAGUACGCAGCUUCAAGUAUCACUUCAAAAGAGUAAUUGGCGACUCCAAGCUUACUUUUAAAGAGCUUUCUACGCUGGCAGCUAAAGUUGAAGCUUGUCUAAACUCUCGCCCUCUAUCCCCAUUGAGUACAGAGCCCACCGAACUAACAGCUUUAACACCAGGGCACUUUCUCAUUGGUUCAUCGUGCCUCUCACAUCCAGAAGAAGUCGAGAAAACGUUGCAGUUAAGCACUAGUAAUCGCUGGAAUUUGCUUUGCCAAAUGCGCAACUCUUUCUGGAAACAUUGGAGAGGCGGGUUUUACAACAGCUUCAGCAACGUAACAAGUGGUUACAUCCUCAACCCAAUCUACAAAUAG